AGAUCCGCGCGGUUAAAGGCGGUCGGUGGCUGCGCGGCAUCCUGUAUCACUGUGAACGGCACUUGCCGCGACAGUCGUGGGGUGGAUAACCCGGAAGCUGAGAAACCGAAAAAUGGAACCAGUGGCCUUUGAGGAUGUGGCUGUGAACUUCACCCCAGAGGAGUGGGCUCUACUGGGUCCUUCACAGAAGAAACUCUACCGAGAUGUGAUGCGGGAGACUUUGAGGAACCUAGCCUCAGUGGGGGAAAAAUGGGAGGACCAUAACACAGAAGAUCAGUAUAAAAUCCAGGGAAGAAAUCUGAGGAGUCAAACAUUAGAGAGUCUCUGUAAAAGUGAAGAAGGUAUUCAAUGUGGAGAAAACUUCAGCCUUACUAUAAAUCUUAAUCUGAACAAGGAUUCUACUGCAGUAAAACCAUGGGAGUGCAGUAUGUGUGAAAAAGUCUUCAUGAGUCGUUCAUCCCUUAAUAGGCAUGUGAGAUCUCACAUUGUGCCCAAACCAUCCAAGUAUCAGGAAUAUGGAAAGAAGCCUUAUAAAUGUAAGGUAUGUGGAAAAGCCUUCAGUUAUCUCCAACCUUUUCAAAAACAUGAAAGUAAUCAUGGUAUAGAGAAAUCCUAUAAAUGUAAGGAAUGUGGGAAAUCCUUUAGAUAUCGCCAGUCUGUUCGAAAACACGAACGGACUCACACUGGAGAGAAACCCUAUCAGUGUAAACAAUGUGGAAAAGCCUUUCGAUACCAUCAAACCUUUCAAACACAUGAAAGAACUCACACAGGCGAGAAACCCUAUGAAUGUAAGCAGUGUGGUAAAGCCCUCAGUUGUCCUAGUUCCUUUCGAAGUCAUGCAAGGACUCACACUGGAGAAAAACCCUAUGAAUGUAAAAAGUGUAGUAAAGCCUUUAGUUGUCCCAGUUCUCUUCGAAAACACGAAAGAACCCAUACUGGAGAGAAACCCUACGACUGUAAGGAAUGUGGGAAAGCAUUUAUUUCUCUUGGAAGCUUUCAAAGACAUAUGAUAACACAUACUGGAGUUGGACCUUACAAAUGUAAGGAUUGUGGGAAAGCAUUCAAUUGUCCCAGUUCAUAUAGAAUACAUGAAAGAUCUCACACUGGAGAAAAACCCUAUGAAUGUAAACAAUGUGGUAGAGCUUUCAGUUGUUCCAGUUCCUUUCGAACACAUGAAAGAACUCACACUGGAGAGAAGCCUUAUCAAUGUAAGGAAUGUGGAAAAGCCUUUCAUUGGCUCACCACUUUUCAAGUCCACGUGCGAACUCACACUGGAGAGAAACCCUAUAUAUGUAAGCUGUGUGGUAAAGCCCUCAGCUGUCCCACUUCCUUUCGAAGACAUGAAAGGACUCACACUGCAGAGAAACCCUAUGAAUGUAAGCAAUGUGGGAAAACCUUCAGUUCUCCUCUAGGUUUGCAAAUACAUGGAAGAACUCACACUGGAGAGAAGCCCUAUAAAUGUGAGGAAUGUGGCAAAGCAUUUGUUUCUCUCACAAGCUUUCGAAGACACAUGAUGACACACACUGGAGAUGGACCUUAUAAAUGUAAGGAAUGUGGGAAAGCAUUUAACUGUCCGAGUUCAUUUCGAAUACACGAAAGAACUCACACAGGAGAGAAACCCUAUGAAUGUAAAAUAUGUGGUAAAGCCUUCAGUUGUUCCAGUUAUGUUCAAGUACAUGAAAGAACUCAUACUGGAGAGAAACCGUAUGAAUGUAAGGAAUGUGGGAAGGCCUUCAUUUAUCGCACAACCUUUAGAGGCCACAUGAGAGUGCACACUGGUGAGAAACCGUAUAAAUGUAAAGACUGUGGAAAAGCCUUUAGUCGACCCAGUUCAUUCAGAAGCCAUGAAAGAAUUCACACUGGAGAGAAACUUCUUGAAUGUAAGCACUGUGGGAAAGCCUUCAAUUGGCCCACAUCCUUACAUAAACAUGUCAUGAGAAUGCACACUGGAUAGAUAAAUUGUAACUGAUAAAUACAGGAGAGUUUUCAAACUUACAUGAAAACUACUGGAGAGAAAUGCUGUAAAUGUAAAUACUAUGGGAAAGCCUGAUGCAGAUUAAUUCAUAUACUCUAGAAAAUUCACAACAUGAAGGAGAUGUUUAAAAAGGUUAAUACAUUAUCAGUGGCUCAUCUCUAAUCAUAGAUUCUACUUGUUAAUUUUUGCAAAUGAACUUUGAGUUAAAAUAAUUCUGUAAGUACUCUUUAAGCAGUAGUACAUAAGCUUAGUAGGUAGUAUUUUUCUUUAAAUCAGCUUAUCAAAUUUUUGUCUUUCCAUUUUGAAAUCAUUGGAUCUGUGGGUGAACUGGAAUAUAAUUGUAAUGCACCGAUAUUAUAGAAUAUGCCAAAAUAUAUAAUUUUUUAGUUGUUUUGUAAAUAAAGAGGUCAUGUGACAAUGACACUUUUGUACUUGUUGGGUUUUCCUGUUGACUUCAGGUGGUGGGUACUAGAUAUUUCUUACCCAUUGUAAAUA